AUGGGUCAUCGUCUUCAGGUAGCAUAUAUUACGCAGGACCCUUCAUCGGUCAAGGUGGGCAAGGGUCGUUUCCUCGUCCCGGUCGGUCUUUUCUUCAUCUUCAGAGUACUCUUAACACCGGUGCAGCGGAGUCGGCGAAAAAGAAAAAAACAUGCGGUGAAGACGGAGGUCCUAUUGGACCUUGUAAAGCAGUACCCCUGCCUUUAUGACAAACGACAUCCGAAGUACAAAGACAACGCUUACAAGGACGAGCUUUGGGGCAACCUCGGCGUGGAUCUCGGCGGUGUCGAAGGAAGUGUCUUGGCGAACAAAUUUAAGAAUGCCAAGGACUCAUAUCAAAAGCAAAAAAAUAAAAUAUCUGACAGCAUGAAGAGUGGUGCUGGGGCAGGGGAAGUUAUCAAAAUAACUUUGCCCCACUACAUCCAAAUGAUGGAAAUAAUGGAACCAGUGUCGCCCACUCCAAGCCUCCACACAAACUUGGAUUUUUAUGGUGAGAUGAGCAGUGGCACCAGCAGUGGCACCAGUGGCACCAGCAGUGGCAGCAGCACCAGCGAUGGCAGUGGUCACCUGGAGGAAAGAAGGGCUGAUGAGCAAAAUGACGACCAGUGCGAGCCGCCCGAAGAACGGAGAGCAUCGGGCGUGACAGGCGGCAGCCCAAUGCAAAAUGAACAACAGCGGGCACGUCAAUCACCUGCCAGCAAGUCAAGGCCAGAAGAGAGCGGCUCUGGUACACAGGACGCCAUCGGUGCCUGUGUUGGCCUACUGCAGAGCAUUCAGGAGAGGCGUACCAGGAGGGCCGAGAACUGCCAGGACGCUGUUCACCAUUUUAGCAUGUCAAUCGCUGGUCGACUGAGAACCCUCGAUGAGCGGAGCCAGUUGCAGGCAAUGCACCAAAUAGAAAAUGUUGUUUUUGCAGCGCAAAUGGAAGCCAUCUGUAGGCAAGAGGCGGAGUCCUGA